AUGGUGCGAACUCUCUGGAGCCGAGUCAAUGUAUCGCAGCUGGACUUGGCCCUGCCUCCCUCGAUGCCCCGGCCGUGGCUCAUGGCUUCUGGAAGUGGUCCGAGCUGCACCCAAGCUGAAUGGGACGGUGAUCCUCAGGAUGCCUACGAGGUUGCUUGCAUGGAGCUGGCUGCCUUCCUUGCGUGGCUCAUUUCGCAGGCUCGUGCUCGCAGCGCUGCGGAGGUCUUUGCCGAUCUUCGGCACAGGCCCGGCCUGCUGGCUGAGGUGGCAAGCUCCUGGACCAGACUUCCGGAUGACACCAAAAUCGACUGGAUACCUUCUGAUCACUGCUCUUUCCUGGCUGACGUGCUGGGCGUCCCAAAGUCCGUGAAGGUGCCCAUGGUGCCCUUCAGACACAGCAAGGAAGAAGGCUUCGAGAAUGUUCCGAGCUGGGUGCCCCAACGGCGGCUGCGGCGGAAGACCUGUGCCACGCCAGGUGCUCACCGUCUUGCCAAAGCUCUGGCAGAAGAGCCCGACACGGGCGGUCGCGGAAUUCAUUCGAAUGGAGUGUGUUGA